CCACUCGCAGUUUAUUCGGUUGCCCUGUGACAGGACUCGCUCAUCUCAAGUACCGUACAUCGUUUUUGAUUGCGCUGGGGUGGGGUAUUUUAGGAUAUCGCAACAUAAGCAAGAUUUUGGUUAUAAUAAUACAGUGGCCUACAAACACAAUAAAAGAUGUCUCAAUACCAAGCUGGUAUUUAUGAUGAGCAGGAUGACGAUGCCGCUGGGAAGAUCCCUAGACCACAGAUAUCACCGGAUGAUCUUGCAAACACGGCCUCUGGUCUGGGUGCGAAUCCAUUCACGGUCUCCAAAUCGUUUAAGAUGCUUGACGAACCCGGUACAGGCGCACCUGCGCCGUCGAUUUUCAGUGGUGAUGUUACUGGUAAGGAAACAGCUUUUAAACGCGUCAAAGAUUCGGUGGGAGGCUACCGUGAACCAGUAAAGCCGGGCUUAAACAUAUGCAUAAUAUGUGGAGAGAAAUUAGUGGGAAAGUUUGUGAAACUUGGUCAAAAAGGUAUACAUAAUGAAUGUUUUAACUGUAGUGUGUGCGGGGUUAACUUAAAAGGCAAAGGUUAUCAUGAAAAAGAUGGUGCGUACUUCUGCCGAAAGGAUCGCCCGUUGUGAGUUAUCCACGUGGUCGCCUGGCAAAUAUUGUCUGAUACAAACACCGGUCUUCCGCCUUCAAUUUUAGAAUUAUUUUCGCCGUGUGUAUGCUCAUUUCCAUUUUAAAGUCGUAUUUGAAUAGGUCGGCAAGAGAUCAGCAACAGCACCUUCCUCCAUCUACCUUUAUUUUUAAGUGCAAUCUUAAUUGUGAUUAGUUCACUCGGUCUUCCGGACAAAUAUCAAAUAACGCUACCCAUUUAGAAAUGGCAUCAUCACGAUAGUCUCAUAUUUAAUGUCAUGUUUAUAUAAAACGCAUUCUCUCUAGAACUCUAAAUAAGCAGAUGAAACUUAAGAUUAAAAUGACAACACAAAGAAAUCAGGUUAAGUGCUCUGAGAAAUAAUACGGUACAAAACAUUGGUGUCUUAGAUUUGUACGUAAUUACUCUACAUUGAAAAAAUAUUAAACGUGAGAAGAGAGAAUGUUGGGCUAACCUAAUUUGGUUAAGAAUGCAUUUUAGAAAUGCAACCUUCUUAGUAGAGCGUAAAGCUUUGUCUACACUAUCAAAUUUCAUCAAAAAAGCGUCACAUAAAAUUUGAUGGAACAUAGAAUUGAACACGUUCAACUUUUUUUGAUACAAUUUGAUGUGAUAUGACGUCAUUGUACCUAUGGGCACACUAUUUUUUUUGUCACAUAAAAUUUGAUAGUGUAGACAAAGCUUAAUGUAUAUUUUUUGCCUUCCCGAAAGCUUAUCUAUCUACUACGGUAUUCUAAGCCUAAUAAUAGCAGGCCUAUGUCAAAACGUGUCUAAAUCUGCCAACAUUAUUCUGGUCGUGCAUCAAACACGUGCGUGCUACUUUAGCUCUCAAUGGGAGAGAAAUCCAUAUAUUUGUAGCGUUGAUCAGAACACAGGGGUCCGAAUACGUAACAGGAUACGUGGUAGCCUAUACCCAAACCGGGUACAACAAAACCUUUAGUUAAACACCGUUUUAAACUGAUUCUGUAUGGGGAAUGUUAAAGUUAAAAAUGCAAUUAAAACACUGAGUUACUUAUUACAGAGCUUGAAACAAUUCAAUUUUUGCUUUACAUACACUUCCUUACGACAUUCUAAUAUUAAUUAAUAAUAGGCCGCUAUCAUACACGACGCCCGACAUUUUACCAUGGCAUUUAGACCCUAUAUCCAGAUAUUUUCCUCAAAUUUAUAGAUUGAAUUCCCAUCGAUAUAUCAAGCAUAAUACAAUAGCAUACGAGAAAAUUAAUAUUAAAGUUGUUUUCGAGUGUGAAAUAGUAUUGAGCAGGGGAACGAAGAUAUUAAUGUGUGGCGUUUGAUUGUUCGGAGGAAGUCACGAGGAGGUACGGUAUGCAUGAUUAUGUUCACACGCAAAAGUAAAAUUUGUAGAAAUUGUACACACGAAUCAACAAAAAUAUUUAAACAUAACUGCAUUUAAAUUAGUAAACAUUCACUGCAACAUUGUACUGUUAUUGAAACAUUGUACAGUAAUCUAGGUAUACAGUACUUUUAAAUGAUGAUUGUUGAUUUUUCCUCCUUAAUAAAAUCGAUUUCCCGACAUUUUGCGAGUUCGCCUCGUCAGACCAUCAAGCGACAAACUGAGAUUAGUUUGCAAUCCUGAAUAUUAUGUAUUAAAGUAAUUGAUUACGGAAAA